AUGUAUUGCUUGUUACGUUCUUGUUUUCAAACAGGCCUUCGUUUGACAUCGAAGAUCAAGUUGACCUAUGUUUGCAUUUCCAUUGGCCUUGUUGCUUUGCUUGACUUUUUUGGAGCAUUCACUCACUUAUUUGAGAUUACAUAUGAUUCAAAUUUUGUUUAUCCGUACGAAGGUGAUAUACAUCAUUUUGUGAACGCGUUACGACACAAUGAAGAACCUGCUGUCGAACCCAUAAAUGAAUAUAAGUAUACAUUUCUGCUUAAUAACCAACAGAAAUGUGUAGACGCUGCGUAUAGUACAUUUCGUGUUGUCUACGUAAUAAAAUCUUCAAUAGAGAAUUUUGAACGACGAUCAGCAAUUAGAAAUUCUUGGGGUUUUGAAAAACGAUUUUUUGAUGUACCUUUGAAAACAAUUUUUAUGUUAGGUGUACAUCCAUAUGAUGAUGUACUUCAAGCAAAAGUAAAAAUUGAGGCUGCAAAAUAUAGAGAUAUCAUACAAGCAGAUUUUAUAGAUACAUAUUAUAAUAAUACUAUCAAAACUAUAAUGGGUUUCAAGUGGUUAGUAAAGUAUUGUCUAAACUCAAAGUUUUAUAUGUUUGUUGAUGAUGAUAUAUACGUUUCUGUAAAAAAUGUUUUAAGAUUUAUAAGAAAUCCAGUUAACUAUCCUGAUUAUUUGAAAGAACCUAAAAAGAUUGGUAUUCAUAAAAGAGAAAUUAAAGAUAGUGAUAAAAUGGAUAAUGAUACUAUUACGCAAAAAAAUACUUUUGAUGAAAAAAGUUCACUUAUUUAUGAAAAAUUAGGAAGAAAAGAACAUCUCGUGGACCAAAUUAUUCGUAAAUUAAAGCAAAAUUCUUAUAAUAGAACUUUACAUACAAUUCCUGCAAUUAAUUACAGUAGACAAAAUAGUGUAAACUUAAAAUCUCUUCAGAAAGAUAAUAGUGCAUUUAUGAUGAAUAGAACGAAAAGGCAAAUAUUUAAUUUUGAACUUCCGGAUGAUGUUAGGUUGUUUGCAGGAUUUGUAUUUGUAUCUUCACCUCAUCGCCACAAAUCUUCCAAAUGGUACAUUUCUCUUAGCGAAUAUCCAUAUCACUUGUGGCCACCUUAUAUUACAGCUGGUGCAUAUAUAUUAUCCAAAGAAGCUCUUUUAGAUAUGUAUUAUACUAGUCUUUAUACUAAACACUUCAAAUUUGAUGAUAUUUUUUUAGGCAUAGUUGCAAAAAAGGCAGACAUAGAACCUUUUCAUUGUGAGGAAUUUCAUUUUCAUAAAAAAGACUACACAAAAUUUAAUUAUAAAUAUGUAAUAACUUCUCAUGGAUAUGGAAAUCCAAAUGAGUUAUUGACUAUAUGGAACGAACAAAAAGCUCUUGGUAAUGCCUAA